UCCUAUCAGCUGAUAGCCGUUAGGAUGACGGGCUGUAUUUUGGUUAAUCGGGUUAUAUCGCAAUAAGUCUCCCCUCUUCCCCUAUCGCUCUGUCAUCGUCCUCGCCGUCGACAGCAAGCUGCGCUGCGCGUAUUGGCCUACCUACGCUACGUAACGUGUGUGAGAAUACGUGUGAUCUGGAUGACGCAUCGACGACGAUGCUAACGUAUUUCUCGCACGUUGGCACGUAUACAUAUACGUAUAACCGUAGCAACCGGGAGAAACUGAGAACGGGCGCGCGUCGCUGACAGGUAGAAGGCAGUACGCGGUAAUGUCGUAAGAGUAAUAAUCGUCCAUCGGCUCGGAGAGAGAAACUGGACUCCGAGUCAACUCGGGAAGAAUUAACCGGAGCGAGGUCCACUUUGAGAGAUCCUUGCGGAGCGGGAUCGUCGUCACGAGAGCGAGCAGUCUGUGAUGAGCGACUCCGAACAACGGCAACUGCACGUGCCUUAUCGAGAGUACCAUAGUCAGAACAAUAGCAGCCCGGCUACCACCGCUGCAGCUGCCACUGCCGCCGCUGCCGCCGCCGCUGCCACUCUGGUGGAGACCGAUGCGCUGGUGGAUCUGUCCAUCGCGCCCGUCAACAGCAGCAGUAGCAGCCACCAUCAGCGUCUGUCGUUGCACAACGAUCAGCCGCCGUCGCCGGCUGACUUGCUUCCCGACGUCGAAUUCAUUCCUAGUUUGAGCAACGACCAAACUCUAGCCAUAGAUUCCUCCGGGAUCGACCGGGAGAGCCAGCCUCUCCUUGGUCGCUUGGAACUAGACGUCACGUUCAAUAGAUUUCCAGAUGAUCCACAGUUCUCGGAACUGGUGUGGCAGGCUGAAUGUGCAAUAGAUAAUGGAGUUUAUCCAGAAAGGAUAUACCAAGGUUCCAGUGGGAGUUAUUUUGUCAAAAAUCCAGCGGGGAAAAUUAUAGGUGUGUUCAAACCGAAAGAUGAGGAACCUUACGGCAGAUUAAAUCCAAAAUGGACAAAAUGGAUGCACAAGCUCUGCUGUCCGUGCUGUUUCGGCAGGAGUUGCUUAAUUCCAAAUCAAGGGUACUUAAGCGAAGCAGGUGCCAGCCUGGUCGAUCGAAAGCUGAGCCUCAGUAUUGUACCGAACACUAGAGUGGUGAAACUCGUUAGCGAGGUUUUCAAUUAUCCUCGCCUGGAUCGUCAGAAGGCGCGUAUGAAGCAAGCCAUUAUGGACCAGUUUCCUACAGUGGGGUCGCAUUUUAAUCGUAUUGGUCUACCGCCGAAAGUUGGUUCCUUUCAAGUUUUUGUAGACGGUUACAAGGACGCCGAUUACUGGCUGAGGCGAUGGGAAAGCGAGCCCAUGCCGGCGCACUUGAGUCGAGAAUUCCAGCUUCAGUUUGAGCGUUUGGUCAUCCUAGAUUAUAUCAUCAGAAAUACAGACAGAGGGAAUGACAAUUGGUUGAUCAAAUACGAUACUAGCGUUAGCAAGAAUGGAACUGAACAGGGUGAAGUGAAGAUUGCAGCGAUUGAUAACGGCCUUGCUUUUCCCUUUAAACAUCCUGAUUCAUGGAGAGCGUAUCCUUAUCACUGGGCAUGGUUAACUCAGGCGAAACAGCCGUUCAGUGAAGUCACGAGAGAGCUAGUCCUGCCGCAACUCUCGGAUCAGAAUUUCGUACAAGAUCUUUGCGACGAUUUGUAUCAUCUAUUUAAACAAGAUAAGGGCUUCGACCGACAUCACUUUGAUAGGCAAAUGAGUGUGAUGCGCGGUCAAAUUUUGAAUCUACAACAAGCUCUGAAAGACGCCAAAAGUCCCGUGCAAUUGGUACAAAUGCCGGCUGUAAUUGUGGAAAAAUACGUGCAGCCUCCACGUGCAAAAUCCUUUGCACCAGAGCACUUGUACAGGAUACCGUCGACGCAAUUUGAAGACAGAACGACAUAUCACUUGUCUUAUCUAAAUGUGGAUCGUACAGCGGCGCGUUGCGCUCGAUUGGAACCAAUUCUGCCUAUCCACAGCCUUCAGAAAAGUACUGGCAAGUUUUUCGAUGAAACAACAAACAAAUUAUCCUACAAACCUGUAUGGCAAACCGUUAAAGCAGAACCUAUCAUACCGAAACGUAGACCGGUGACGAGUACAGGCACGAUGGAAAAUGUGACAACAGUCCGCCACGAUUACGGGACAAAAUAUGUAGAUAGGCCAGAAAUGAUUAUACCCUGUGGAAAUAUUCGUACAAGUUUGGCUCCAUUAGACGACAAAACGAUGGCAAAACUGUCCUACGUUUCUCCAGGGCCUAUUGAACCUGUAAUUAGUUUUAAACCGAUAUUAGAGUACCGUCCAUCAAGCCAGCCACUUCCUAAAGAGACGACACAAAAAUUGAGCUAUCAGCCGUUUGUCGUGGUUAAGAAAGAGUUCUAUCCUUGGGCGCAGAAACCGAUGUACAAGUCACCGGAAAUCACGAUGUGCGGCAAGACCACUUAUUCCGAAAGCUAUAUGGAGAACGAUGCGAUUUCCAGGGAGAAACCUUUCCUUCCCGUCGCGACAUAUGUAUUUCCUUACGGCGCGAAAUUUGCAGAUAAAACCAUCUACAAGGAGAGCUAUCUACCAGGUAUCGUGGAGCGCAUGGUGCCGUUUGUUCCCUGCGGCAAUAUCUCUAUCUCCGAUACAAAAAUGUCCGCCGAUACGACUAGCAAGCUGAGUUAUCAACGAGUCUGGACCGAGAAGCGAAAACCAUAUCUGCCGCGCACUAAGACCAUGUUGGCAACCGUUAAAAUGCAAUCGGAUACGACAUCUCGUUGUGAAUACGUAGCGAAAACGACGUUACGUCCGGACCUUAUCGUCCCCUCUGAUAAUAUCCGCACAGUCGAUGUACCGUUGGAGGGAGAGACGACUACCGCAUUAUCUUAUGUAAAACCCGACAUGAUAAAACCUGUUCGCAGUUACAAACCCGUUAUGCAAUAUUACAGGCCAGGAGUUAAGAUCGACUGCGAGACAAUAAAUAAAUUAUCAUACCAAACGUGGACGCCGAAACCUAAAGAGGAACUUCCAUGGGCUCAAAAGAGCAAAUAUCGAGCUCCAGAACAGCCGAUGGUCAGCGACACGGUCUAUCAUAUGAGUUAUCCCAUACCAGGUCAUUAUGUCGAGGACGAUUCGUUCACAGAAUGUCCUUGUCCAAUCGACAAACAGGAUAAUGUUUCGUCUACUUCGACAGCAGCAUGUUAACUGUUUUUAGAUUGAAAUCAUCUACUGUGUCUAUCUAUGCUGAAGAUAAAUUGCAAUCUAUUUCGAUAUUAUUUUAAACCCAUAAUAAGCAACGUUCCCUAUUUUUGGGACAAAAAACCACA